UGCAUGUUUACCACCAGGACGCUUCGAGCACUUGUUCAAUCGACGCGAUCCCAGCAAUCCCAGCGCAUAUCCAUGAGCUGCACGACCUUCUCGCUCAAUGCGACGUCAUUCCUGAGUCCAUCCAGCCAAGAGGCGGACAAGCUGCAAUUCCGCUCUGAUGUUUCCAAGGUCUUGGGCAGCCUCUUGCCAGAGUGGACGGACGUGCCCGCCGCGGACGUUGUUCUCACCCAUCUCUCUGGCGCCAUGACCAACAUCAUCUUCACAUGUGAGAAGUCAUCGGAUCCGACGCAAAAGGUGUUCCUGCGAGUGUACGGGCACGGCACAGAAGCAUUCUUCUCCCGCCAAGAAGAAAUCCGUGUGUUUAAGGAACUGUCCCUGUUAAACCUUGGCAUUGGGUUGGUCGGGGAGUUCCAAAACGGCCGCUUCGAGCGCAUGAUCGAGGGCCGUACGUGCACUGCAGAAGACAUCCGACGCCCAGAGCUCUCGGAAAUGAUCGCUGCGAAGAUGGCCGUGUUCCACACGACCCAAGUUGACAUGGACCGCAAGCCACGCAUCCUCGCGAGCAUCCGCAAGCUGUUCAAGGACGCCCAGGCCGCAUACGCGACGACCCAUCGGCAGUUUCCUGACGUGGACGCCAUGGCGGCGGACAUUGCCGCGCUGGAGGCGCUGCUGGCGACCGUGGACUCCCCCGUCGUGUUUUGCCACAACGAUUUGCAGUACGGCAACAUCAUGCUCUCGACUAGCACUGGACAAGACAAAGACGGCGAAGAUGCUGUCCUGAUUGACUUUGAGUACAGCCACUACAACCCCCGAGGGUACGACAUCGGCAACCACUUUUCGGAAUGGUGCUACAACUACCACGGCGACGCGCCCCACUUGGGCGACUUUGCCAAGUACCCGACGGCGGCGGACCAGCGGCGCUUCUGCCGCGCCUACUUGUCGUCCCAGUCGGCGACCUGCGAUGACGUGGCAGACGCACACGUGGACCAGCUAAGACACGAAGCCAACGUGUACGCGAACGCCACGCACUUGUUUUGGGCCCUCUGGGGCUUUAUCCAAGCCACGCAGUCCACCAUCGACUUUGACUACUUUGGAUACGCAACGUGCCGGUGGCACGCGUUCAAGACGCGUGUGACACUGUCACAACCGUGACGAGGACGUCGUGUAGAAUGCGAGACUGGUGCUGCCAUACAGUAUACCCACACUGGGUUAGUGGUUCAACUUUAAUGUUGGUCAUUGAUUGUUUGUUGUCGUGU